ACGCAGCCAGUGCACUGGAGUCGGGCGCUCACGAGGCGCGGAAGGCGAACACAAAGCCCAGCCUAGGGAGUUGGGCUCAAGUAGCUGUCAGGCGGCGGUCUUCCCUGCCCGCGGGGCAUCAUGACGCCUCAACCUGUGCGCUCUCCCGCCUCGCGCGCGCGCUGCGCGCUCCCCGUGCGCCGGCUCAGCGCUGCGCCGCACCUUCACCGCGCGCAGCGGGCGCUGGGGACCGCGCGCGGGGACACAACUGCUCCAGCGGCCCUCUGUCCCUGUACCCAGAGAGCGAGAUCGGGCUGUCUGCGAAGCCGCACUGGAACGGAGGCUUUUACACUCCAGAGCCCCAAGUAUCCCUGUCAUGACGAGGAGCCGUCGUCUUUAGGACUACCAGCCCGACUCCCAGAAAAUAUGUUUGUAGGAUCCCAGUCCUUCUCCCCGGGAGGGCCCAAUGGCAUCAUUAGAAGCCAGUCGUUUGCGGGAUUCAGCGGCCUUCAGGAGAGACGAUCUAGAUGUAACUCCUUCAUUGAAAAUACCUCUGCUCUCAAGAAGCCUCAGGCCAAACUGAAGAAAAUGCACAAUUUAGGACACAAAAACAACAGCCCUCCCAAAGAGCCUCAACCUAAAAGGGUGGAACAGAUUUACAGGGCCUUGAAAAGUGGACUUGAUGAAUAUCUGGAGGUUCACCAGACGGAGUUGGACAAGUUGACAGCUCAGUUAAAAGAUAUGAGAAGAAACUCUCGCCUGGGUGUGCUCUAUGACCUAGACAAGCAAAUUAAAACGAUUGAGAGAUACAUGAGACGCCUGGAGUUUCACAUUAGUAAGGUAGAUGAGCUCUAUGAAGCUUAUUGUAUCCAAAGACGCCUCCAAGAUGGUGCCAGCAAAAUGAAGCAAGCCUUCGCAAUGUCCCCUGCCAGCAAGGCCGCCCGGGAGAGUCUGUCAGAGAUCAACCGGAGCUACAAAGAGUACACCGAGAAUAUGUGCACCAUUGAAGCAGAGCUGGAGAAUCUACUGGGGGAGUUCUCCAUCAAGAUGAAAGGUCUGGCCGGCUUCGCACGCCUCUGUCCUGGAGAUCAAUACGAAAUUUUCAUGAAGUAUGGCCGACAGAGGUGGAAACUGAAAGGCAAAAUAGAAGUGAAUGGCAAGCAGAGCUGGGAUGGAGAGGAAAUGGUGUUCCUGCCUCUGAUCACUGGAUUAAUUUCCAUCAAGGUCACAGAAGUCAAAGGGCUGGCAACCCACCUCCUGGUGGGCAGCGUGACCUGUGAAACCAGAGAGCUAUUUGCAGCCCGACCUCAAGUGGUGGCUGUUGACAUCAAUGAUCUUGGCACCAUCAAACUGAACCUGGAAAUCACCUGGUAUCCAUUUGACGUGGAGGACGUAACCCCAUCUUCAAGCACCGGGAACAAGGCAGCAGCCCUCCAGAGAAGGAUGUCCAUUUACAGCCAGGGCACCCCGGAAACACCCACCUUCAAAGAUCACCCCUUCUUCAGAUGGUUGCACCCUUCACCAGAUAAGCCCCGGCGGCUGUCUGUCUUGAGUGCCUUGCAAGACUCUUUCUUUGCCAAGCUGCACCGCAGCCGCUCUUUCAGUGACCUGCCUUCCCUCAGGCUGAGACCCAAGGCCGUGCUAGAGUUUUAUUCUAAUCUACCUGAUGAUAUCAUUGAGAAUGGAAGGGCAGCUGAGGAGAAAAUGCCACUGUCUCUCAACUUCAACAACCUGCCCAAUGGGGACUGUGCCCUCUCCCCCAGCGCAGCUGGCUCUCUCUCCAACACAUGCUCAGCAAAUCCAGAAAUCACCAUCACCCCCGCUGAGCUGCACCACGGCAGCCUGUCCUCCCAGAAUGAGGGCACAGACUCCAGUUCAGCAUGUUCCAGAACCUCCUCGGGAGGCAGCAAAGGGCUGAAGCCUCACCUGGAAGAAGACGAAGAGGGGUCCAGGAAAGCAGAGGCCCGCCGAGCGUCCACAGGUGCCUCGACCGAGCACCUGUUCCUUGAGAAGGACGUCACAGAGGCACUUCUGCAAGAGUCCGAUGAGGCCUCUGAGCUCAAGCCCGUGGAACUGGACACUUUUGAAGGCAACAUCACAAAGCAGCUGGUUAAGAGGCUCACCUCAGCCGAGGUGCCAGCAGCCACCGAGAGGCUGCUCUUCGAGGGGUCUGUCAGUGGAGAAUCUGAAGGCUGUCGAUCCUUUCUAGAUGGAAGCUUAGAGGAUGCCUUUCAUGGGCUUUUCCUUGCAUUAGAACCACAUAAAGAGCAGUAUAAAGAGUUUCAGGAUCUGAACCAAGAAAUCAUGCAUUUGGAUGAUAUUCUAAAAUGCAAGCCCACAGGAAGCCGCAGCAGGUCUUCCAGCUUAAGUCUUACAGUUGAGAGCGCUUUAGAAAGCUUUGAUUUCCUGAACACCUCUGAUUUUGACGAGGAAGAGGAUGGUGAUGAGGUUUGUACUGUUGGAGGAGGUGCUGACUCAGUAUUUUCAGACACUGAGACUGAGAAAAAUAGUUACAGAUCAGUACACCCGGAGGCCAGGGGGCAUCUUAGUGAGGCACUGACUGAAGAUACAGGAGUCGGGACUAGUGUGGCAGGCAGCCCUCUCCCACUGACCACGGGAAAUGAAAGCCUGGAUAUCACCAUCGUGAGGCACCUACAGUACUGCACCCAACUUGUUCAGCAAAUUGUUUUCUCGAGCAAAACCCCCUUUGUGGCAAGAAAUCUCUUAAAGAAGCUUUCUCAGCAAAUCCACGUGAUGGAGAAACUCUCAGCGGUCAGUGACGAGAACAUAGGGAAUAUCAGUUCUGUGGUGGAAGCCAUUCCAGAAUUCCACAAAAAGCUGUCUUUGCUGUCCUUCUGGACCAGGUGCUGCAGCCCAGUUGGCGUCUACCACAGCUCAGCUGACAGAGUGAUUAAACAGCUGGAAGCCAGCUUUGCCAGAAUUGUCAACAGAGACUACCCAGGACUUGCAGACCCAGUGUUUCGAACCCUAGUGUCCCAAAUCCUGGACCAGGCCGAGCCUCUGCUUUCCUCCAGCCUGUCCUCAGAGAUCAUCACCGUUUUCCAGUAUUACAGUUACUUCACCAGCCACGGUGUGAGCGACCUGGAGAGUUACUUGAACCAGCUGGCCAAGCAAGUUUCCAUAGUGCAGACUCUGCAAUCACUAAGAGAUGAAAAACUGCUCCAGGCCAUGAGCGGCCUUGCACCCAGCAGCCUCCCGGCCCAGCGGGAGGUACUCAGAACGCUGGCUCUCCUCUUAGCUGGGGACAACAAUGGAGUCACGGAAGCUGUGAGGCUCUACCUGGCGGCAGCUGCCAGGAACGAGCAUUUCAGGGAAAAGGCCUUGCUCUACUAUUGUGAAGCACUAACAAGGACAGACCUCCAGCUCCAGAAGGCAGCAUGCCUGGCCCUGAAAACCCUGGAGGCUACCGAAAGCAUUAAAAUGCUGGUAACCCUGUGUCAGUCUGAUGCUGAAGAAAUCAGAAAUGUGGCCUCAGAAACUCUCUUGUCUCUUGGAGAAGAUGGGCGGCUGGCAUAUGAACAAUUGGACAGAUUUCCUCGAGACUGUGUUAAAGUUGGAGGUCGUCAUGGAACUGAAGUAGCCACAGCCUUUUAAUCACCAGUUAGCUCUGCCUAACAGCUGUCUUAACAAAAGGCCCUUUUAAUCAAGAGUGUGCUGUGAUUUACCUGGAAUGUUUAAAAGUUGAAGAGUUCUGUUGAGGUCGUCUGGAAAUCUAACAUGUUAUAGAAAGAAUUCACAAUCGGGUUUCACAGUACCCAUGUACUUUUCCUUCCGCUAGUACAAUAGCGCUGUGUGUAAUUUAGAUUACAUCAUUGAUUGCGUCUGACAAUACCUAGUGAAAGAGUCUGUCAUAUCCAAUAUGUAUGGAAUUUUUAAAUAGCCAUCUUUGUACUUUUUUGGAAGUUCUUCUAGUAGGUGAAACAGUCCUGUGAUAGUUUGAUGAAUAUGUACAUCUUGUAGUUUUUCUGUCGUGCUCUCAGAGUUCAGUGGCCCCCUUAGUUACCUAAUUUUACCUUAAACGCAAAGCACAAAUAAUUUCUUCAAAUAAAAAUUUGCCUGCAGAACCUGGUAAAAUGACAUUGUAAGAGUUUAAUGUUUUUUUAAUUUUUUUCAACUCUCCACUAUUUCUUUUCUUCACCCUAAAAAUUCCAAAAGCAUGUUUCCAUUAUGGUAAAAAGACAGGUAGAUGACUAUGAACUACCUUAAUAAGAUUAUACCCAUACUCAUUUUUAAAAAAAAGACAAAGUUUGAAUUUUUUUAAUAAACAAGAGCUUUUAUGUUAGGUUGGUGCAAAAGUAAUUGCGGUUUAAAAGGUUAAAAAUAAUUGCAAAAACCGCAAUGACUUUUGCACCAACCUAAUACUUUUACAAUAGAGGUAUUUUGCUGCUUAAGACUAAUCAAAACCAAAAGCCAUGGAUUCAGAAAGCUGGGAUGCUCUUUGAGAUGGAAGAAUACGAAGUUGGACAAAUCCUAAUGGAGCGAAGCAGACGGACAUUAACAGUGAUCCUUGCUUCUGUAAAGGUUACCAAGAGAUUAGGAAGAAGACCGCCCUGAGGUAUGGUUACUACCCCAAGUGAGGUCACUCCCCACUGCAAGGAUCCCUUGGCCAAAUAGUUAAAUAACAACUUCAAGUAAUUGCUCAAAUCAAGGUAUCAAGUCCAUUAAAUAAAAUACAAGACCACUCAGUAGCUUCUAUUAAAUAACUUUUCUUCCUCUUAAGAGUGUAUGAGGUGGGAUAUGCCAAGAUAUCAAAUAAUAUGUGUGAGUGGAACAAACUGUGGAAUAAUAACUACUCUGGAUGUUUUUGUAUAAAAUACCAUUUAGAUGUCAUUUUAAAUAUUUACAUUUUAGCAAGACCUUUAAAAACAACUCAUUUUGAAGUGAAAAUUGUUUGCCAGGCUUCCUGGCAAAUAGUCUUUUUAACUGUGAAGUUAUCUGUAUAUAUGUUUGUAUAUUUAUAAAUAUUAUAUAUAUGCAUAUAUCCUUCAUUUUAAAAGUACAUUGUACAGUCUAUAGUUGGUUGAAAUGGUUCUUUUUAUAGAAAGUCAAAUCACAAACGCUAGUAUUUUGUUUGGUUUAUUUUUUGAAUAUUGCAUGAAUAACUCCAUUAUCUUUUGUAUUCACUUCUGCAUUUUAUUUUGGUUUAAGGGGGUGCUUUUAGUAUUGUGGCAUUUGUAUUCAUCAGAGUUUCAAUCAUGUAAGUUAAAAUAAAAAUUAUUUUUGAAUUACUA